GCCCCAGGUACGCGGACAAGAUGGCGGCGGCAGCGGUCGACAGCGCGAUGGAGGUGGUACCGGCGCUGGCGGAGGAGGCCGCGCCGGAGGCGGCGGGCCUGAGCUGCCUGGUGAACCUGCCGGGCGAGGUGCUGGAGUACAUCCUGUGCAGCGGCGCGCUGACGGCCGCCGACAUCGGCCGCGUGUCCAGCACCUGCCGGCGGCUUCGCGAGCUGUGCCAGAGCAGCGGGAAGGUGUGGAAGGAGCAGUUCCGGGUGAGGUGGCCUUCCCUUAUGAAACACUACAGCCCCACCGACUACGUCAAUUGGUUGGAGGAGUAUAAAGUUCGGCAAAAAGCUGGCUUAGAAGCCCGGAAGAUUGUAGCCUCCUUCUCAAAGAGGUUCUUUUCAGAGCACGUCCCUUGUAAUGGUUUUAGUGACAUUGAGAAUCUUGAGGGACCAGAGAUAUUUUUUGAGGAUGAACUGGUGUGUAUCUUAAAUAUGGAAGGAAGAAAAGCUUUGACCUGGAAAUACUACGCAAAAAAAAUUCUUUACUACUUACGACAACAGAAAAUUUUAAAUAAUCUUAAGGCUUUUCUUCAGCAGCCUGAUGACUAUGAAUCGUAUCUUGAAGGUGCCAUUUAUAUUGACCAGUACUGCAAUCCUCUCUCCGACAUCAGCCUCAAAGACAUCCAGGCCCAGAUUGACAGCAUCGUAGAGCUAGUUUGCAAAACUCUCCGGGGCAUCAACAGUCGACACCCCAGCUUGGCCUUCAAGGCAGGCGAAUCCUCCAUGAUAAUGGAAAUAGAGCUCCAGAGCCAGGUGCUGGAUGCCAUGAACUAUGUUCUUUAUGACCAACUGAAGUUCAAGGGGAACCGAAUGGAUUACUAUAAUGCCCUGAACUUAUAUAUGCACCAGGUUUUGAUCCGUAGAACGGGAAUCCCAAUCAGCAUGUCCCUGCUCUACUUGACAAUUGCCCGGCAGUUGGGGGUCCCACUGGAGCCUGUCAACUUCCCAAGCCACUUCUUAUUAAGAUGGUGCCAGGGCGCAGAAGGUGUAAGAAAGAAGACCCAUAUGGAGUUGGAGCCUCCUGGGGAUUCUUCCUUGCCCCUUUCUCCCUCCUCUCCUCUCCAGAGGGCGACCCUGGACAUCUUCGACUACAUCUACAUAGAUGCUUUCGGAAAAGGCAAGCAGCUCACAGUGAAAGAAUGUGAAUACUUGAUCGGCCAGCACGUGACCGCAGCGCUGUACGGGGUGGUCAAUGUAAAGAAGGUGUUGCAGCGAAUGGUGGGGAACCUUUUAAGCCUGGGAAAGCGGGAAGGCAUCGACCAGUCGUACCAGCUCCUCAGAGACUCGUUGGAUCUGUAUCUGGCGAUGUACCCGGACCAGGUGCAGCUCCUCCUCCUUCAAGCCCGGCUCUACUUCCACCUGGGAAUCUGGCCAGAGAAGUCUUUCUGUCUUGUCUUGAAGGUGCUUGACAUCCUGCAGCACAUCCAAACCCUAGACCCCGGGCAGCACGGGGCGGUGGGCUAUCUGGUGCAGCACACGUUAGAGCACAUUGAGCGCAAGAAGGAGGAGGUGGGUGUGGAGGUGAAGCUCCGCUCCCACGAGAAGCACAGGGACGUCUGCUACUCCAUCGGGCUCAUUAUGAAGCAUAAGAGGUAUGGCUACAACUGUGUGAUCUAUGGUUGGGACCCCACCUGCAUGAUGGGACAUGAAUGGAUUCGAAACAUGAACGUCCACAGCCUGCCUCAUGGCCACCAUCAGCCUUUCUAUAAUGUCCUGGUGGAGGAUGGUUCUUGUAGAUAUGCAGCCCAAGAAAUGCCACUCAAAGGGGUAAUUGGAAGUUCUCUGGAUAAAAGAUGCUGCAGAAAUGUCCGUUUUAACAAGAAUGUCCAUGUGCCUCUUUAUCAACAGAAAACUUGGAAUAUAAUGUGGAGCCUCAAGAAAUCUCGCACCCCGAUGUCGGACGCUAUUUCUCAGAGUUUACUGGCACCCACUACAUCCCGAACGCAGAGCUGGAAAUUCGAUACCCAGAGGAUCUGGAGUCUGUCUAUGAAACAGUACAGAACAUUUACAGUGCGAAGAAAGAGGAUGUGGAGUAAAGUCUGGUCGGGGACCUUGGACCUUUGCUGCUGCUGCUAUCUUCCAAGAGAACAGGUUCCGGAAGAAGACGUCUCUACGGACCCCUCUGGACUCACACCACCAGGAAAGCCACUGGAUCAGUAGUGCUGGCUGCCUCCUCCCAAGUUUAAACGGCGCGUGCCCUCCCCCAGCUGCAAAGACGAUGUCGCUCUCUGCGUACACUAGUGAAUUCACUUGAAAGGCACUGUGUUCAGUGGCAUGGCUUGUAUGCUUGUCCUGUGGUGACAGUUUGUGACAUUCUGUCUUCAUGAGGUCUCACUGUCGACACUCUUAUCAUUCUUUUUAUUCACUUGCCAUUGUGUCUGUCUGCAUUUGUCUCAGAGCGUUUCAUUUGCUGGACAGAUGGGGUUGUUUGCAUUAAUUUCUUCCUGAUUUCUCUGUGGGACAUGUGUGGGCCUAAGUCAGAACUGUGUGUCAUUUUACCCUGAAUCGAGUUGCUUAUUCGAAGGUGACGCUGUAGGAGAUGUGGCAGUGUCUUGCAGAUGGAGACAUUAACAAACUAAUGGUAAUCAAAAUCAUGUGAAUUUAUUUUUUUCUAAUUUUUAAAGCAGAUUUCACAUGUUUAUCUUUUUCUUUAUUUGAAUUGGGAGAAUGACACGGUUUCCCUUCCAUAUUCCUCUCUGGAUUUAUGCUUGUAUCUUAACGAAUCAUUAGUCUUCUAUUUUAUUACAUAACAUUAUUUGAGAAAAUGCAUAAUAAUGAUUUUUGUGAGUGGAUUUUCCCACAUUCAUCUACUGUUCUCUUUAAAAUAAGUACUUUUUUAAAAUCCAGUAUCAUGAGUAGAUCUUAAAUUAGUGAUGGGUUCUCUUUAUAAGAAGAAGUACAAUCUGAUGUUAAAAGGUUUGCCUUUAGAAACCAUACUCCAUGGUCUCCAAAGACCUAAAAAUGAGUUUCACUUUUCUAAUCAGAAAAAAGAAGAAAUAAUGAACCUUAAAAUUUUGAAAAGAAAAGAGGAGGUUUCAUGUCCCCUGUCAUUCCUUAGAAUCACUUCAAAACCUUUUCGAAUAUGGCACGGUAGAACCAAUGAAACAUCUUUAAUUUUGAGAGUGUUGGGUCAGUGGGAAAGGAGACGUGAGUGUGACCUGCCCCUCAGUAGCCAUUGCCGUGAAACAUGAGCAGGAGGAAGCCGGUUCCUGAGCCCCCGGGGCUGACUUCCGGUUCACACUCACUGGCUUCUCUGCCAUGUUCUUGGUAACUGGGUGUGAAGGGCCCGACUCUGUGCCGCUCUGGAACACGCACCCUUCUAGACCUGCCACUUCUCUGGCGAGCUCAUCUUGUAGUUAACCAGUAGGAACGACCUUCUGGAGUCAGGACCUAGUUACUCGGCUCUCUCAGUCUAGAAGCAGCCCUGUGCUCUAGUGAAAGGCUUUCGGGCUGUGGCCCAGUCGCGCCUCGCCACCUGUCUUCAUUUGCAUGCAGUAUUUUCACACCAUGUUUGCUGACUGCCUCUUGUUCAGCCCUCGGAAACCCUGGGAUGACUGAGGUCUGGGGAAGCCACCUGAGACCACUUAAUAGCAAGUGACAGCUAUUAAGAAGUUAUUAGAAAGAGACGGGGAUUUGGCCAGGGGCUCCUUCCAGCCUGAAUUAGCUGUGGCCCAGGGUCCGUGUUCCUCGGCAGUCAGAGCCACAGUCGGGUGAUCUGGACUUGCCCCCUCCCGGCGCCCAGCCCACCCGAGGUGGGGCUUUACACUACUCCCGUGCGAAGGUGGAAGUUAGGUCACAUGGGGCUCGUGCUCGGGAGAUGCAUUGCUCGGAAACCGUGGAGCAUGCUGAGAGUUAUAACUGUCGGUUUUCUGGUUUGGUUUCCUUUUUCCUUAGAGUAACAUCACAGCCAAGAGAGAUGGUUGACCUUUGCUGACCCUGUGUACAUAUGUAUCUAGACUGUUUUUAAGUGUGUUUCUUCAUGAAUGCUUCAUUUGGCUCCAGGAAGCCGGUGUCACCUGUGUAAGUUGGUAUUUGGGCACUUUAUAUUUUUCUAAAAACGUGUUUUGAAUCCUGUACUCUAAUAAAUCAUGUUUCUUUUUAAAAUUUUUCCAAAAGUUUUCUCCAUUUUAAAAAGCCCUGUUAUAAAAGAAGAACUUUCACAAUGUUAAAAUAUUAAAUAUUUGGAUAUAAUAACUUCUUUUCUCUUCAAAUGAAUGCCAAGAUUUUUUUGUACAAUGAUUAAUAAAUGGAACUUACCCAGAGAAACCACACAAAUGGCCUGCCCGAUUUCGUUCCAGAACAGAAAGUCCAGCCUGGCAACAGCGGGAUGUCCCCACUCCUCUUCUCAUCAAAAUGGGCACAAAUCUGCUACCGAAUCUUUCUUAACGUUGGUGAGUGAACAGGGACCUUGCUACUAGGAUUUCCCCCAAGCGCUCAUGUUCUAAGCUUGCUGGUAACCUUGGGAGUAUCUGGUUAUGACGCAGAGGCCGCAGCUCUUUCAUUCUGUUCAAAUGCGUGCUGUGAAAUGGGAACUGUGAGUGCUGUGAGGGAAGCCCAGGGUCGCAGUGCGUCCUGACGAUGGCCUGACGGCUGCACGGGUCCUCCAGGGCGCCAGUUCUCCGUGAUGCCACCACAGACGGUGGAGAGGAGAUAUUCUGGGCUAAGCUAGGCACCAGUUUCCCACACCGCGGCGUUUCUCAGAACUGUUAAUGUGCAGUUGUGCACUGUGAUCUUCCAGGAGGAGAGCAGUGUGCCGUGUCUUCCUAACUUCUCAGGCCCUAGAACCUCCCUCCCCUGGCGCGCGCGCGCGCGCGCACACGCACACACACACACACACACACACACACACACACACACACACACACAGCAUCCCCGAGCGCCAGGGUUUGCAGAUGAGCUCUGGGAAAUGCUGUCUCAGUGAGACAUCACUUAUGUCCCGGACUCUACAUUAUCAUCUGACCAGUUUGGCCAAGCGUCUCAUUGGAGAACAUUCUCCAUCUGAUCGGAUUUUGAAAGGCCAGCUUUAUGUUGUCUCUGCCUGAACCUCAUAACAGAUCUCCACUAGAAGUGCAUUUACACGGCAAAAUUGUUUUAUCACGAAAACCAGCAUCAAUACUGUUGCUGAAUCAAUUUUAUGUUUUCUAAUAUCUCCUUCGAGUCUUGUUCUAAUUUUAAAAUGUCUCGGUCUUUCUUCACAUGUUAAACGGAGUCCAGCUUUCAUGUUUGAGGCUUUCCUCUGCCACACUAGGGCCCUUUGCUAUAAAGGAGAAAUAUUUCUUCUCCUUAGUCCAUAUUCCAAGUAAGUGAAAUUGGACUACCAGCAACUUUUUAAUUCAAAAGUCUUGUGGCCAUAAGAAUCAGAAUGUAGCUCUUCAUGAUUUUCAUUUGAUUUUUGGAAGGAAGGAGAGAGUGCUCACCUAGACGAAAAGCAGGAUUUGGCUGCGUGACAGUUGAUUUUUGGCAGACAUUCGUAGCUGUGUUGCAUGUGUGACUUUGUAUUGUCUGCUUAACCCUGAGCCAUGCACGGGCCUCAGCUGUCCAUAACCCCCACAGCAGCCCCACAGGGCGGGGCCAGGCAGUGAGUAUUUUCGCAGGCCGCAUAAUGUUUGUGCGGUCUCUGUCACAUAUUCUUCCACACAAAACACUCUUAGCUGGAGGGCUGGACGAAAACAGGCCGCAGGCUGGAUUUGGCCCGUGGGCCCUCGCUUGCUGAGCCCUGCUAUGGGAUCGGCCGGCCAACGGAGGAGCACACCGCCCAGAGGUGGGGACCCAGCCGCGCACCAGGUGUCUGACCCCCGACCCCCAGCCCUUGACACCCGCACGACCGACCACUUCAGCAACUACCUCGCGAUGUUCUUACCCUUUGCCUUGGCGGCGACUCUAACCUCUAACAUUUCAGUUCUGGAAAUUUAGAACCUUAGAAGAAAAGGACAUUCCUUUGGUGAAUAAAAUUAUGUGCAAUUAUAGAAUAAAUGUAUUAUGGCCAUUUAGCAAUGAUUGUAUUAGGGUAAUGCUAGUUCUGUAAUAAAUAGACCCAAAAAUA